CGUAAAUAUGGAAGAGCCAUAUUUGGAUUGUGUGACUUUACCCUUGCUGCAUCCUGGUUUAUACACCACACCCCAAGUUACAACUGCUGUCAAAAAGGUCAUUCAAAGCGUGUUUAGAGGACAUGGUACUCUUAAAAACGAGUGCCACCCUUCAAUAAAGCAACAUGGUAUUCUUUCUGAUUUUGACCCAAAUAAUAAUGAAGCAAACAACGAAGACUACUCUUUUAUUGCUGUGAUUAAGAAAGUAAAUCAGAAGCCUGAUGGACCAUAUAUUGAUGAAGAGAAAUAUUGGUUGCACAAUCUUAUGAGAAGCAUGUACAAGAACAACGAGAUCGUCUUAGUCCGGGUCUUGCUGGGCUUCUUGUUAAGCCCAUUAAACCCAUCUCCUCCUUCCUUUGUCAGGAUUGUAAACCCUUGGAAGAAAAUGAGAGAUGGGGAGCGACGAUGUGAAGCCGCCGUCUCUGUCUCCGUUCGUUUACUCUGCCGCCACCAUUCACCACCACCGGCGAUAUGCUGCUCCGAGUCACCGUCCUUGUUCAUAAGUCUGAUUGUUGAAACAUAUUUAAUGAGAAAUCGCCUGCAAGAGUUGGAAGCUGAACACAAACAGAGCCGUGAAGAAAAUCUGGGGAUUGUAAAAAGAUUUGAAGUUAUGGAAGAAAUGUUGGAGUCUUUUGCAAGUAAUAAUGCU